AAGUUUGAGGGUAUAAAAGCAUGGCCUCCCAGGGACAGACCAGUGCGAGGCAAUCAUGGGUAAACUACUGGUUGUGGCGGCUCUGGCCCUCUUGUUCAAUGCACAGCUUGGAUCUGCCUUCAAGCUGUCAUGUUACUUCACCAACUGGGCUCAGUACAGACCCCCCCCCACCAUCUACAUGCCCACCAACAUUGACCCCUGCCUGUGCACCCAUCUCCUGUACGCCUUCGCCACGAUGAAGAACAACAUGCUGGCCACCUACGAGUGGAACGACGUGGAGCUGUACAGCCAGUUCAACGGCUUGAAGAACCAGAACGGCGAGUUGAAGACUCUUCUGUCUGUGGGCGGAUGGAACUUCGGAUCUGCAGGCUUCUCAGCCAUGGUGGCCAGUCCAACCAAUCGCCAAACCUUUAUCAACUCUGUCGUGGUGUUCCUGAGGAAGUAUGAGUUUGACGGGCUUGACAUUGACUGGGAGUACCCAGCCCUCAGAGGAAGCCCCCCAGAGGACAAGCACUACUAUUCGGUUCUGCUUCAAGAGAUGAGAGCUGCCUUUGAGGCCGAGGCCAAGAAGACCAGCAGGGCCCGUCUCCUCCUCUCCGCCGCCGUGGCAGCCGGCCAGGGCAACAUCGAAACUGCCUAUGAAAUCCCGGCUCUGGGCCAGGCCCUGGAUAUGAUCAACGUCAUGACCUACGACUUCCAUGGCUCCUGGGACCCCAUGACCGGAGAGGUCAGUCCCCUGUUCAAGGGCCCCGAGGACCACGGUGGAUUCAUCUACUUCAACGUCGACUACGCCAUGAACUACUGGAAGGACAACGGAGCCCCAGCUGACAAGCUGAUGGUCGGAUUCCCCACCUAUGGCAACACCUUUACCCUGCGUAACCCUGCCAACCACGGUGUUGGGGCCCCCACUGCCGGAGCUGGAACCCCUGGAAAGUACACACAAGAGGCCGGAGAGCUGGCUUACUUUGAGAUCUGUGACUUCCUGAAAGGAGGGACUGAGGUGUGGAACGCGGUCCAGGAUGUGCCCUAUGCCUACAAAGGAAACCAGUGGGUGGGCUAUGACAACAUGAAGAGCUUCCAGAUUAAGGUUGACUGGGUGAAGAAGAACAACUUUGCCGGAGCCAUGGUCUGGACCCUUGACAUGGACGACUACAGUGGAACCUUCUGUCACCAGGGGAAAUACCCCCUCAUCAACGUGCUGAAGAAGGGCCUCGGCCUGGAGUCCGCAUCUUGCACUGCCCCUGCGACUCCCCUGCCACCUAUCAAAGGUGUGACCAGUGACGGUGGAAGCAGCUCGGGUGGUGGAGGCAGCUCGGGUGGUGGAGGCAGCUCGGGUGGUGGAAGCAGCUCGGGUGGCGGCUCUGACCCUGGAACCAAGGGCAUGAGCGCCACCUUCUGCGUGGGCAAGGGCAACGGAAUGUUCCCAGACCCAACCAACAAGAACCAGUUCUACCAGUGCAGCAUGGGCAAGACAUACUUCCAGCACUGUACCAAUGGGCUGGUCUUUGACACCUCCUGCAGUUGCUGCAACUGGGCCUAGAGCGACCCUGCGGUCAAACGUUGACAAGCUGCAGCUGUUCCAAGGCAGAGAGGAUCAUGGUCUUACGGGUGUGAGGUCUCUGAUGUGUGUGUGUGAUUCUGAAUUUAAUCAGGUUUCUGUCACAUCGGUUUGAUGACUUUGUAACACGCUGACUGUCGCCUUGAACACGUUAGUUCGGAAACAAAUAAAAACCUAAGACUGCA